CAGCAAAUCCGAAAAUCAAAACUUUUGUUUCCUUCGAAGGUCGAAAUGGAAAAACAAGACGACGCAAUGCCAAUCCUAACUGGAAUAACAACAUUUGUAACAAUAAAACAGUGUCGUAGAAGUUCACUCAAUCGGAACAGAGAAUUGUAAGAACGGUUGGUACGCGGUGACGUUGCGAAGAUCAAGAAAUAAUUGAAGGGGUGACGACGCUGCCCCACUAAGUAAUUUCAAUGACCGACCCAAAUGCAAAGAACCCAUUGCCCUCUGACGCCAGGGAUAACUAUACGCCCCAUCGAAGCCAUCAUCCAGAGGAACUCUUGCACCACGACAAAAAGAAACACCACACCCGAGCCGAAGUGGAAUACAAUGUGUUUCGUGAUAGCCUUUUGAGAUACCUAGGCUACGCCAACGAGGUCGGCGAGAGUUUUCGGUACCAAUACCCGCGAUUCGUUGUUCCGUCCUACGUGGUGUCCUUUGGAUACUGCUUGGCCGAUGCCGCAACCUCUGGGAAAAAGGCAUAUGACUAUUCCACUAGUGAAGGCUCCUCCACGGCAGCGAUCGACUCGGUCGUUUCUACCGUCGACACACUGCUAUGGCAGUCGCUGGCCAGCGUUCUCCUCCCCGGAUUUGCGAUCAACCAGAUCGUCAAAUUCUCCCGGUUUGCAGUAACAAAAAGCCCGAUGGCUGCGCCUGUGGCUUUGGCGACGUGGUUGCCAACGGUAGCAGGUCUUGGAAGCAUCCCGUGGAUCAUACACCCCAUCGACGAGCUUGUGGAUACGGCGAUGGACAGCACUUUUCGGAGAGUCCGAUGGAAUCAGUUUUUUUCCUGAUGAACGAUUCAAACGGGAAAAACCGACCGGGUGGGUUUUUCCUUCCCCUAUUUUUCUCUGUUAUGUGUGUGAUCGAAAGGAAUAGUAAGCAGGCAGCGUCUUUGGUCGCCCGACUUGAGUCUGGACGGAUAGACAAAAUCACACCGUUUGCUAUCAAUCCAAUAGAUACAUGUCCUUGUC